AUGCGCACGACGAGCGCGACGCACUCGCCGCGUCACGCCGUCGCGCGCGUCACCGCCGCGUCGCGCGCGCAUCGCUCGAACGCCAUUCAGGGUCUAGGUCAACUUCGCGUCGGAACCCCCCGUCGCGCGCGCGUUCUGCGCCGCGCCGACGCCGACGGCGCGGCGGAACCGAGCGAAGAAAAGCCUCGGUUCGUGCCGGCGCACGAGCGCACGACGCUGUCGAAGAUUCUUCCCGAACAAUUGCUCGAGGGCGGCGUGCUGCUCAGGGACGCCCCGGAGGAGUGGCGAACGUCGUUUACGGGAUUUCUGUCGUUUGAAUUCAUGGGCGUGCGCACGAACGACAUGCCAGGGCUGCGCGUGUUAAACAUCGACCCGCCCGUUUUCACGGUGGAUGACUUUUUGAGCGCGAACGAGUGCGAUAUGUUGACGGCGAGCGCGGAGGCGAGCGGAGGGUUGAAGGUGAGCGCCAUCGGCGGCGCGGCGAACGAAAACAUUCGAACGUCGAGGACGGUGGCGCUGAAUUCGCACGGGUUGGAGAAUCACGCGACGAAGAAGGCGAUUUUGAGCCGCGCGGAGUACUUGUUGCCCGCGGUGGAGGGGUUGAGUAAGGAUGCGGAUGCGUUCCGAGCGCCCGAGGCGGGCGAAGGCAAGUGGUCGUUUGAGUUGCCGCAGGUGGCGCACUACUCUGGCGGCGAGUAUUUCAAGGCGCACGAAGACGGCUUUCCGAUCGCUGUCGCCGCGGAUAAGGGGUAUCAACGACGCGCGACUAUUUUGGUGUACCUGAACGACGUCGACGAGGGUGGUGAGACGCGUUUCGAGCACCUGGGCAUCGAAGUCGCGCCGAAGAAGGGCAAGGCGUUGGUCUUCUUCCCGAGCUCCGCCGCGUGCAUGCCGGACGCCCGAACCCUGCACACCGCCACGCCCGCGAAAGAAGGUCACGAAAAGUGGGUUUCUCAGCUUUGGAUCGCGUCCUCGACGCCUCCCGUGCCGACGCCCGAGGAGCUCGAAGCCGACAACAAGCGCAAAGCCGCCGAAGCCGAGUACGCCAAGCUGCCGCGCGCGCAACGCCGCGCCAUGGAAAAAGAAGCCGCCAAAGCCGCCAAGAAGAAAUCCCGCGAUUCAAACGGGCGCAAGUGA